ACAACGCAGAGAAAACUCUGCAAAAUAAUAACUAAAUAGAACCAACUACGCAUACAAAUAAAUAAAUCAUGAACAAACUGAAGUCAAGUCAACACCGUGAUAAAGUGAAAAAAUUCAUCUCGCUAACACAAACUGGCGAACAGACAGCCAUUUUCUGCCUGCAACAGAAUGAUUGGAAAAUGGACUUGGCCAGCGAUAACUAUUUUCAGAAUCCCGAAUACUAUUAUCGAGAGCUAGAUCGUAAGCGUAUCGAGCAAUUAUUUAUGCGCUAUCGUGAUCCAAGCGAUGCUCUAAAGAUCAGCUCACAGGGCGUCAUCCGGUUCCUCGAGGAUCUGGAGCUGAGUCCGGACUCCAAACUUGUGCUCAUAAUUGCCUGGAAAUUUCACGCUGAGGUGCAGUGUGAAUUCUCGCGCGAUGAGUUUAUCAAUGGCAUGUGCGAUUUGGGCACGGAUAGCAUAGAGAAGCUGAAGUCGAAGUUGCCGUUGCUGGAACAGGAAUUGAAUGAUGCGGGCAAGUUUAAGGAUUUCUAUCACUUCACCUUCAACUAUGCAAAGGAUCCGGGCCAAAAGGGCAUUGAUUUGGACAUGGCCAUUGCAUAUUGGUGCAUUGUGCUCAGUGAUCGUUUCAAAUUCUUGGACAUUUGGUGCAAGUUCCUCGAAGAGAAACACAAGCGUGCGAUUUCAAGGGACACUUGGAAUCUGCUGCUAGAUUUUGCCACCAAUAUCGAUGAUCGGAUGAGCAACUAUGACUCAGAGGGUGCUUGGCCCGUGCUGAUUGAUGAUUUUGUCGAGUGGUGCCAAGAAAAUAAUCAUCUUGCCACAGAUCAGCAGCAACAACACACGCAGCAAUCAACGUCCCAGAAGAACAUAUCGAACGCUUACCAGACCUCGCAUAGUACAAACAUGAAUUAUGGCUAACGAUUGUUGCGCUUUAUACAUAUAUAUUCUCAUUAAUGAUUAAUUAUGCUUUUUAUU